UGAAUGUGAUUGGUGGAGGCGUGCCCUGCACCUGUGGCUGCUGUUUGUGAGACGGACUGUCUGGCUUGUAGUAGUCUGCAUGAGCACGAGGCGAGAGCAGAUUGUGAAUUAAUUUGACAGCUUCAUUUUCAAAAGCACGAUCUGAGAGGCUAACAGCAGGAUAAUUCCUCCUUCUGCCAUCUUUGGACUUGAGAUCUCCAGAUGGAGGGAGUGCUGUUUUUGAAACCCGCUUCUCCUCCCAACUGUUCCUCUCAAAACUCUUGUCCUCCUCUUUCACCCAAUGCUCUGGAAGAUGCUCUCCAGCCAUCUUCUCCUGUGCCUCCCCCCAUGUGUGUUACUACUGCACCACCACCACCACCUCCACCUCCACCUCCACCUCCUCUUCCAUCUUUUGGCUCUCGUAAUGUCAAUCGACGUUCCAUGAAAAAGCUGAACUGGGACACCAUCCCCAGCCAGCGUGUCCUGGGAAAACUGAAUGUCUGGACGUCUCAGCGUCCCCAAAGGAACCUGGUGCUGGACAUCCGGAGCAUGGAGGAGCUGUUCAGUCAUGUAGACAAAGGGGCCUCGCUGCGCAACUCAAGGGUCAUGGGUCUGAAGACCUUCGAUGGCAUGGACCUCUUUCUACCGGAGCCUCAGGUCACAAUCCUUGACUCUAAAAAGAGUAUGAAUAUCGGGAUCUUCCUGAGACAAUUCAAGAGGCCAGUGGCAGAAAUGGUGCACGACAUUCGACAAGGGAACUGGCUCAGAUUUGGAUCAGGCAAACUGAAAGAGCUUUGUAAACUCCUGCCAGAAGAAAGUGAGGUGAAGCAGCUGCUGUCAUUCACUGGGAACCUCUCUGUGUUACCUGAGGCGGACCAGUUCAUGGUGCAGCUGGUCAAACUGCCGGGCUAUGAGGAACGGCUGAAAGCGAUGGUGCUGAGGGAGGAAUUUUUUCCUCUUAUGGAGGAGGUGAAGAACUCUAUUGCUGUCAUGACCAAAGCAGCUAAUGAGCUGUUGGACUGUGAUGACCUCCACUCGGUCAUUCGGCUGGUCUUAAAAGCCGGGAAUUACAUGAACGCUGGUGGUUACAGCGACAAUGUCAUUGGCUUCAGAAUGACCUCUCUGCUGAAGCUGGCAGACACCAAGGCCAACAAGCCCGGAAUGAACCUCAUGCACUAUGUUGCCAAGCAAGCAGAGGACAUCGACACUGCAUUGCUGACGUUUCCCACCCAGCUUGAGAACAUUGCGAUGGGAGCAAGAAUUUGUAAAGAGGAGGUGAUUACAGACUUUGAGAGGGAAGUCAAGAAGGUGAAGGAAGUGAAAUUGUACAGCAGCAGACAUCCUGGACUCUUACAGCAAAUGGAGACAUUUCUCGUGAGAGCUGAGGUGAAGCUGGCCGAUGUGGAGUCCUCUCUUCAGGAGCUGAAGACUCUGAGCAGUGCUGUCGCUGAGUACUUCUGUGAAGACCCAGCUACCUUCAAACUGGAGGAGUGCUGCUCCAUCUUUGAUUCAUUUUGCAAGCGGUUUGUCACAGCUGUACGGGAGAACCGAGAGCGAGAGGCAGCAGAGCAGAGGCACAAGAGAAAGGAGAGUAUGCGUAUUGCAGCCAAACGCCACUCCACAGCUUUUUGCCCAGGAAUUGAACCUAUUGGGGACUCCUCCAGCUUGGAGUCAGCCUUACACAGCUUCCUCUCCACCACGCCAGAGGGAUUUACCAGAUGCAGGAAGAACACAAUGCCACCAAUCAAAGGAUCCCCCUCUGAGCGUAGCUCUCGGACUUUUCCAUCAAAAGAAAAAACUCAGGUUUUGCCCCCUACUGGACAAGAGAAACCUGAGAAGAAACAGCCUAAAAUACAGAAAGAGGUUGAGAAAAUGGCAGAACCAGAAAACAAAGAAGAAGCUGAGAAGAUGCGUGAGAUAACUCGGAAGGUGCUUCGCUACCAAAACAGCAAAGGCUCCCUCAAUGGAGACAGAGUUUCAGCCACUCCUCCUCGGUCGGAGAGAGGAAAGGACACACCAGAUACCCCAAGUACCCCCAAGCCUAAAAGAGAGAGAGACUUCAUCUUCUCCAAUAAUGGGGAUGUGGGCUCUCCAUGGACUAUCCUGAGCCCUUUUACUUGCUCCCAAAGAGACGCCUUCAACCGAAACAGACAAGCACACAGACGCAGACUAUCAUCAACGCCAGGUAGCAAUGAGCUUGAUGAUGGAGUCUGGGAGACCGGAGACGGCAGUGACCUCCCCAGUUCCUCCAGUCAGGACACUCUAACAUCUCCAGCUGGGGGUUCUGCGUCUCUCCCCGAGUGCCCCAGUCAGAGAGCUGUGUCGCAGGUUCCGAUCCACAGGUCUGUCUCCGUAGACGAAACCAGACGAUCUCCAGCAUCCAACUUCCGGCUCAUUGACUUGUUCCAGAAAGGCGCGUCUCAAAGGUCGUACUCUACUGGAUCACGGACAGAGAACAUGGGCGGUGACAGUGAAGGAUUGUGUUCGUUGCUCGGCAGGAAGGCAGGGGAUCAUGUAGAUGGUCAAGUGAGCUCAUCUGGGUUCAUAUCCUUCUUCAGACGCAUUGGAGGCAGGAGUAAGCCUGGUGAUGUAGAAGAACAAAACUUCAAGGGAUCUACUUGAUCCAGAUUUUUAUUUAGAGACAAAGGCCAAACUUUGUCUUUGUGUGUUUUAGAUUUAAAUGUGUUUGUCCUAUUUUUUUUUUUUCCUACUAUUAUUAUUAUUGUUGUUAUGGUUUUACCCUGGACCCAAGGCAAAUGAGGACUUGCUUUGAAGGUUUUGAUUUUGUGGGAGAUAAACCACACUCAAAAAUCGUUUUCUUUUUUUGUCUUUUUGUGCGCAAUAAAGGGUGUCUUUCUACCUUUUUAUAAUCUUACUUGUAUACAGAUUAUGCACUUAACGGCGUACAUUAUAAACUCCUUUUCAGGAAGAAAAUGUCUCAUCUUUUACCCUUUUUUAUAAAAAUCCUUCAAAGUC